UUGCACAAUGUACCAAAAUUUUCUUGCUAACAUGCAUUAGAAAAAAAAAAGAAUAAACAACCUCCAUUUACUUCAGAAUGUAGUACGACAGCAUCGUACUCUGUGCAAAGCUUCCCCUCCAAGUUAGCUGCGUGAUCUCCCUCGCCUUCCCUAAGCCAUUGUUGCGCGCUCUUUCACCCUUUAUCUCGAUUUCCAAUGCUGCCGCUGCCUCAGACGUGCACCUUCACCGUCUCCGCCACCGCCACCGCCACCGCCACCGCCAUUACCCCACGCUUGUCUUAGACUGGCCAUCCAUUUCUCGAGCCCCUUUCCCCUCAUUUGAAGCUACUCAGAGCAUCGGUUGCCUUCUGCGAUGGCAAAUAAGCGGAAACGGCAGCGGAAGCGCCUCCGCCGCGUCCCGGCGGCCCUCAGGAGGGUAUACGGCGACCUCGUGCAAACCCUGGAAGCGGCGAUCCUUUCCCUGUUGCCCCCUCCGCCGUCCUCUCCUACCGAGUGCCGCUGCCGCGGACGCCUCUGCCUCGGCUGCGGGACGCCCGCUUAUCUUCUCCGCCAAGACGAUCCUCCGGACUACCGGAUCCUACUGACCCGCGGCUUGUGCGUCCUCUCCUGCGACGCACCGCCUCCACCCAGGGUGUUUCACGGUGACGACGCUCCUCAGCGCGUGCUUGUUAGGAAUGCAAGGGAAUUGAUACUAGAUAACAUGCUUGAAACCAUGAACGUGUUAUGCAAUGGUCACGAUAAGGAAAGUCAUUUCAACAUUGCUGGUGAAUUUCUUUGUACUUCUACUUGGGAUCUUCUGUUGCACAGAAUAGGCUUUCAACUCAUGGUGUUUCUUCUACGUUUCUCAUCAAUUUUUAUUCCUGUUAGAAACAAGAGUUACUAUCAGGUCACAGGGCAUCCAAUGGAUAAAAUUUUUGAAGGAUCUAAAUUCUUGAAAACCACAUCAACAUCAUCAAAUCAGCAGCCAUUCUUCCCGGAGGCCAUGCAGAAUAUGGGUUGCUCGAGGAGCUUAAAGAGAAAGCAACGUGACAUGUCAGGGAGAUCAAAUAUGGGUGCUGCUGCUGUUUCUGUUUGCUCUAAAUCUAAAGAUCUUGGUGACAAGAGAGACAAUGGUAGCAAAGUGAGUUGUGGGAAAUUUGAAAGAGUUGGGGGCAGAACUGAAGUUGUACAAUUUGAUGGAGGGGAACCCAACAUCAAAAUUCUAUGGGAUCAUGAUAGUUCUCAGAACACAUUAUCAAAAUGUGGUGGACCAAUAUUGCAUGAUUCUGUUUUCCAGUCAUACUUUGACAAGUUGCAUUUGGAGAAGCUGAAAUCUCCCUGCACAAAAUGUCAUAAUAAUGAAAAAGAGUCCAUUUGUACUGACAUGCCUGGACUUUGUUUAAGUAGGAAGUACAGAAAGCAUCGAAGACUGUACAGCUGGCAACGUCGAAGAAAAUAUAAGGGACCUGAAGAAAAUAUACCUGGAAAAAAUAAUAAAAUAAGAUUGCAGAUGAAAUUUCUGGAUUCUGAUUGCAGUUUGUGUCAUUGGCCUUCAGAACCAUCAGUGCCUGCAUCUACUGAAGAGGAUAUCAUGAAGGAUUUUGAACUAACUGCAUCAAAAGAUACUGAAGCAAGCAGGGAGAAAUGUUCUCAUCUGAUGCUUUCUCAAGACAUGUGUCAAGGACAAAUAACAUUCUCAACAAAGAAAACUCAUCAUAGGCCUAGAUCUGAAACCAAUGAUGCAUCUGAAGGGCAACAUCAUGCUAGUCUGAAGAACUUAUCAAUUCAACCUCUAGAUUUUGCAGUGUCAUCACUGUACAACAAUCGUUUUACUCCAAAUGAACUCUUCCCAGAAGAGUCUGAUUGCUCUGCUUCAAAGAACCAGCUAAAUCUUCAUAGCCACUUUGAGAAGGUUGGUUCCAUGUGUUUUUAUUGCUUGAUUAUGCAAUCUUCACAAAAGGUUGAAAUCAGGGAUCAAAUUGACAGAAGCUUCAUCUUCUAUAAUAGAUCGUCAGCAUAUACAGUUUUCCCAAAAAAUCACAUACUUAACCUAUUAAAGCCAAACGACUGCAGUGCAAUUCGUCUUAUGAAGCAUAUAUUUGGAUUUCCCGAUAGAAGCAAAAACUUCAUGACAUGUACUGAUUGUAGUAUUGGUUGUGCCAUAGAGUCCCAGUGUUUGUAUCAUUUUUUAUUAGGUUUGCUCAAGUCUCUUAUACGGAAUGCUCAGCGUUGUCAGUGUAAGAAGUUGCUGUUUAAACAUUGCAUUCAGACUUCCAAAUUACAUAGCAUGGAUGAAAACAGAUCAAAGUCUGAGGUGGUUGUACAAAAUUCUUCAAUGAGGAUGAAAAAUGAAGGUCAGCCCAGUGCCCAAGGAGCAUUGAGUGUAUUUAGCAGUGCCACUGCAUGUACUGAGGCUAUUUGUUUUGCAAAGAAACAACCUUACCAUGGUCCCAAGGCUGGCACACAAAGUUCUUUAAUGAACAUACCAAAUGAAAAUGCUGAAUCACAGUAUGCAUCUUGCCAUAUGCUUUCUGACAAAUUAUCUCAGGCUAAGCUGCAUCAUGAUGACAGGCCCUCAGAUGUUGCACUAAUUGAAUCUUAUUCUAAGCACCACCAAGUGGUUUCCUUUAUAUGGGCUGUUUGUAGGAGCAUAGUUCCAGUAUCCUUGCUUGGGAAUUCUUCUUGUUGGAAAUCCUUACAGAGGAACAUUUCAAAGUUUGUUAAAUUGCACAGAUUUGAGAAAUUCUAUGUAAAACAAUGCAUUCAUGGAGUCAAAAUGUCAUGUUUUCAUUUUUUAUCAAAAGUUAGAUCUUCUAAGUGCUCUUGUAAUGGAAACAGUAGAUCUGAAUUUGGUGGAAGCAUCAGAAAAGAUUCCAGGAAACCAUGCAAUUCUAAAAUGAUUCUUGUUGGCAAUCUUUUCAGUCGUUGGAUGCGUUGGUUCUUUUUUGACAUGAUAGUACCCAUGAUUAGUGCCAACUUUUAUGUUACUGAGAGAGAAUCCAGAAAACAUGAAUUGUUCUAUUAUCCGAAGCCAGUAUGGAGGACAUUAGUUCAACGAACCAUUGCUUCCCUGGAAGGUGAUAAAUUCAAGCUACUGGAUCAAGUAUUUGUCAGGAAUAUUAUAAGUAAAAGAUCAUUUGGUUUUUCAAAAGUUAAAUUUCUUCCAAAAAAUAAAUGUCUAAGAUUUUUAACAAAUCUUAGAGCAUCAUCUAUAGUACGAUUAUCAAAUCCAGAGUUUGGCUCAAGAUAUUGCUCUAUUGGUGCUAAAGAAAAGGCAACAAUGCAUCGGAAAUAUAAGAGUGCUCAAGACAGAGGAUUUGUUCGAUGCCGAUCUGUGAAUUCUGCUCUCAGAGAAGUAUAUGCUAUUUUGAGGAGAGUAAAGGUUGAGAAGCCUGAAAUACUAGGAUCAUCUGUGUUUGAUUACAAUGAUGUACACCAGAGACUCCAUCAAUUUAUUUCCAAGAUAAAAAAUAGAACAUCAAAAAUGCCUGAAAUAUAUAUUGUUGUUGCUGAUGUACGGAAGGCAUUUGAUUCGAUUGAUCAGGAUAUGUUAAUCGGCAUAUUGAAAGAUAUUCUUCAGAACGAUGAGUAUGUUAUGAGAAAACAUGUCAAAAUAUCUUGUAGGAAGAAGUCUCUAAGGAUCCUUCAUGAUCAUGUUUAUUGUGAUUAUAGCAGCAGCAAUUGUUGUGAUUCUGUCUCAGAGCCUUCUGUUUCAGCGGGCAGUAUCCUCAUUGAUCAGCAGGGAAUUUCUCUCAGAAUCCAGAAAGAAAAGCUUCUUUAUGUUCUUCGAGAGCAUUUAAAGUGUAACAUUUUGCAAGUUGGGCAAAAUUUCUACCUGCAAAAGGUUGGCAUACCCCAGGGUAGUGUGUUGUCCUCCCUUCUUUGUUCAUAUUACUAUGGACACAUGGAAAGGAGUUUAAUUUUGCCAUAUCUUCAAAGGAGUAGCAGUGAUCUGGUUGUCAGCAGUAGCAAGUAUACAAUUAAUGAGUGUACUACGGAACUAGCUAAUAAUGCCAUCUCUGGUGUGGAAUCUCUCAAAUACGAUAUGGCAUGUCUUGGGUGUCCAAAUAUUACUGAUCUAGGAAAGAACAACCUUCUACCUUUCACUGAGCAUCAUGCAACUGAAGUUAAUACUGUCACAAGUGACAAGGAAUGCUCAACCUCAGGGGAGAAUUUGUUAUUAAGAUUGAUUGAUGAUUUCAUUUUCAUAUCUACCUCAAAAGAGCAAGCGGGCAGAUUCUUCAAUAGAAUGACAAGGGGAUUUAGAGCUUACAACUGCUACUCGAACAAGACAAAGUUUGGGACCAACUUUGGCAUGACACAGAAUCAUGGUUUAAUUAAUAGGAUAUACUCAGGUGCAGAUGGCAUAUUAUUUCUUCCCUGGAGUGGCUUGCUUAUCAACUGCCAGACUCUUGAAAUUCAAGCAGAUUACACGAGGUACUUUGGUAUUAAUAUAAGAUCAACUCUGACCAUUGAACUACAUGCUAAACCUUGCUAUCGUUUGAAAGAAAAAUUGCUUAACUUCGUGAAAACAAGGUGCCAUCCCAUUUUCUAUGACUCCAACAUCAAUGCUCCUGCCACUGUCUGUUUAAAUGCAUAUCAAGCAUUUCUUCUGUGUGCAAUGAAGUUCCAUUGCUAUAUCCAUAGCAUGCAAGAUGUCACCAAGCCAAAACCAAGUUACUUGUUGGAGAUAAUUGAAAGGUCAUUCAGAUAUAUGUACAAGCACAUCAUGAAGCUGAUGCAUGACAUGUUGCACCACUUUGGUAUUCAUCCAUCUCUUGGACUUGCGAAAAGAGAAGUGCUUUGGCUUGGACUGUCUGCAUACAUCUGUGUUCUAAGGAAAAAGCAAUCACGAUACAAGGAGCUGCUUUCACUCUUGAGGUCAAGGAUCGCCACGUAUGGAAGGAUCGAAGAUGCCUCCUCUCAUUUGAGAUACGCAGUUGAUGAAUCCCACUCAUCUUUUUUCUCAAAAAUCAAAUUCUAAAAUUUCAAGCUUAUCCUUUUCUUAUUGCACUUUCCCUCCUAUUCCUUGCCGGUUGCAUUUAAUGGCAAUGACAUGUUUAUUGACUUGGACAUGUUAACCUUGUAGCUCUUGCCAUUUUACCAGAUUAGUCUUUGAUGGUCAAAACUUUAGUUUCACAAACUUUUUGUGACAACAAUUUUGCGAUAGAAACAAUAGAACCUUGACAUGUUA